UUGAACUCACAUACGAUUCCAUAAAAACUGUGUUAAACUUAAAAUUUCAUUCCAAAAUUAGUAAAAUGAAGUGUUUCAUUCUUUUAGCUGUUGUGUGUGCCACCAUUGGCUUUUCCGAGCAAGCCAUAACUAAGGAACAGGCAAUAGAAAUGUACAAAAAGUUGGCCGAGGAAUGUGCCGCAAAGGAAGGCGCUUCAGCUGCUGAUAUUCAAGAAGCAUAUGCAAAGAAACUACCAAGCACUACACCUGCAAAGUGCAUGCACGCUUGUAUAUCUGAGAAAAUUGGAUUCAUGAAAAAUAAUAAAAUUGACGUUGAAGGCAAUAUUGCACUUGCCAAAAAGGUAUUUGAUAACGAUGCUGCGAAAAUUCAAACAGCCACUGACAUUGCAAAUGAGUGUACAGGUGAAACGGACGGCGAUAGAUGCGAAGCUUCUGCAAAAAUAUUGGCAUGUAUGGUAAAGGCUGCCAAAUCGCGUGGUGUGAGCCUUGAUGAUUGGUAAUAAUCCACUGUUAAUCCAAUUGAAUCAAAUCAAAAUGGACAAUAUUAUUUUCGAAAAAAGUUAUGUAAAUUUGAAUGUCGCUUCCAAUUAUCUAUGUUUUUAACGAAAUAAUUCAUUUAAUUAUGAAUAGAAAAAUACUUAUGUUGAUUAUCACUUCCAAGCACAAUUUAUGAAUAAAAUAAAUAUAUGCAAACAA